UUUAAUAGCUAGCCUCUUCCGCCCUCUAGUUGUCAAAAUAUAUCAUUACAUGUAGUUUAGUUUUUUAAAUUUUCUUCAUAAAUUUUAUAUUCGUUUCCAACCGUUCAAAUUAAUUUGAAGCAGUCCGUUUUUUUCUGUCGUUGCGGUAAUAAGUGUCCGUGUUUGUAUCACCGGCGGCUAACGAAUAGCACUGCCUCUUUAAAUCUGCCGAGCGGGUCAUUAUUUGGCAGGAAGUUAGCUGAAGCUAGCUCAUAACCAAUAAUGAAGACACUGAGGAGCAUUUAGCUGCCUUUUAACGCUCCUUAAAGAAGAACCAAGUUUUUCACUUGUAUUUGAAGGCAGAGUCCAAGGCAGCUAUGUCUUCAGCAGUGGACCUGAAGACCAAGGAGGAGAAAGAUGCAGAGUUGGACAAACGAAUUGAAGCUCUGAGGAAGAAGAACGAAGCUCUGGUGAAGAGAUACCAGGAAAUUGAGGAAGACAAGAAGAAGGCGGAGCAGGAAGGCAUCGCCGUGACGACGCCCCGGAAACCCCGGACACACGAGCCGGAAGCGGACAGGAGGAAGACGGAGAAGGAGAACCUGACGGUCACAGUGGAUCUGUCCAAACCGGCAGGGGACAAGAGAGUUGUGAACGACUGGAAGCCCAGCACGCCUCGCGGCCGGAAGAAGUCAGAGGAGAGCGACAGUCCUAAAGGUCAGAGCGAUGGCCGCAGCCCCCCCAGGAGGACGGGGUCGGGCAGAGUGGGCCGAGGCGGUCAGAGAGGAGGAGGAGAAGGAGGAGGGCGCCAAGAGAGGAGGGACCGGGAGACCAGAACUCCCAGGGAGGGAGAGUCUGCGGAGCCAGGCGGCCAGGGACGGAGAGGAGGAAGACGAGGAGGAAGAGGCGGGAGAGGAGGAGGAGGAGGCAGAGAGGGAGGAGCAGGGAGUGGAGGCGGAGAUGAAGGUACACCAGGAGGACUGGACAGAAAGUCAAAGGAAUGGGAGGAGAAAAGGCGGCAGAACAUUGAGAAGAUGAAUGAGGAAAUGGAGAGGAUAGCAGAGUAUGAACGAGGACAGAGGGUGGAUGGAGACAAGCCCAUCCGUAAUUUUCUGGACGACCCAAGGCGUUCGGGUCCGGCUCCGGACAUUGACCGGAAAGAAGGCAGCCGGAGACACGUCCGGAACUGGGGAGGGCUGGACUUUGACAACGUGAAGACGGGACACGAACUGGAGCGAGAGUGGACCAGUCGGCGGCCGGGUCCGAAAGGCGGUUCUGUGGACAUGACCAUGUCGAUGACCGGCCGCGAGAGAGCCGAGUACCUCCGCUGGAAGAAGGAGCGCGAGCAGAUCGAUGAGGAGAGACUGGCUCGCCACCGAAACGCCACGGGCCAGUGGAGGCGGGAGUGGGACGCGCAGAAGACUGACAGCAUGUUCAAGGAGGAUCCAUUUGUGGCUGCAGAGGGCGUAACGGCAGAGGAGGGUGGCAGGAGAGACGACAGCAAGCGGCCUCCUAGAGGACCAACAUUUGCCGACUUCCUGUCCCAGGGCAGAAGCCAGGGGCCCCGCGGGGACCGGAACAGAGGACGGGGCCGAGGACAGAGACAGAGCUACAGCAUGCACGACAAUCGCUGGGAAGGAGAGAAAAAAGAGGAAGAAGAGAAAGAAAAGGAGGACAAGACGAAGAAAGAGGUAAAAACUACAGCAAAGAAAACGAAGAAAGAAGAAGAAGAGAAACCCAAAGUUGAAACAGAAGAGCCGAAGGUGGAGGAGAAAAGCGAAGACGAGGCAGGAGAUGAUGAUAAUGAGUGGGAGGACGCCAGCGAAGAAGAGGAAGCUGGAGACAAAAGCGACUCGGAGAAAAAAGACAAAAGCAAAGCCGUCUCUCCUCCGUCGGCCAAACAACGUUUGCAGGAGAAAACGGCAGGAAGCCCGAAGGAGCAGCGGCCGCAGAGGCCGAAGGUUCGAAUCCCUCCUCCUGCUGCUGCGGCGGCGGCCCAGGAGUCAUCAGAUAAGGGGAAGCCCCCCAGCCCGUUCUUCAGCCUGGACCACAACCCGGUGCGAGACUGGGGCGAGGAGAUGGAGAUGCAGUCGCCGCGGAGCAGCAUGGGGGCAGAGAGCCCGCUGAAGCCCUCCAGCACCGAGUCCAGCCCGCCGCAGAGAAAGGAAAGCCAAGAUGGCGGCGCCGGCGAACCGGGCGGGGCGCCCGCGGAUGAAUCUGCUCCUGCGGCAGACAUCCAGGAGAACGCCACGGAGUCGGAACCGGAACAGACCGCCUCAGAACCUCCAUCUGAAGGUUCGGAUCCCACCCCGUCCUCUGCUGCUCCUGAGGUCAAUGAGGUCGCCGUGACGACCAACCAGAAUCCACUUCCUGCUCCAUCAGAAGAGGGUCAGUCGGACCCUCCCCGUCCCGCCGAGUCCGUUAACGGCGAACAGAUUUCCUUUGACGCGCCGGUAGAGAACGAAGACAGCAUGGCGGCUGCUGGGAGCGACGACGCCCCAGCAGCCGAAGCCGAACUUUCCUCGGAUCAGACGUCAUCAGGUUGAGCCGGACAGGAGAGGGAGCGAAACAUUGGCGGCACCGAGGUUUACAUCUACAUAUGACUUUAAUCAUCAUCAUCAUGAGGAAGAGGAGUGAUGGAGCUUUACACGCAUGGACCAACCGGUCGCUCUCAGCUGGUUUUAGGACUUUGGAUCAUUCUGAUCCACCGAAGCAUCGUUGGUCUCAUCUCCAUCUGUUUCUUCAGUAUUCUGAAUGUUUUAAUCAAAAACUGAGGAUUUCUUCCUCCAGUGAGAGAGAAACCAGACGUCAAAGUCUGGCUUGUUGAAACGAGCCCAGAUCUAUAAAAAAAUCACUGUUUUUUCACAUUUAUUUAAUGAAAUAAUGGUUUUAAAACUACAAUUUUUAAUUGCUCUUAUCUUUUUCCCAAUUCAAAUUUCUUUGAGGAACUGAAAUCUGUAAAAAGGGGCAUUUUUAGCAUCUUUUACCACCCUUUCUGUUCACGUGAUAAUCUAGUCGGGGGCAAACCUCAUUUUCAGCGAAGUGAGUUAAAUUCACAUUUUUAGAUUAGAAAUGACCAGAUUAUGUUACAUAAUUCACAAUUUUGCAGAAAAGCCAGGCUUGGUGACGUCAUGAAGUCACCCGCAGCCGCUAGCGAUGCUAAGCUAGUUGAUUCAAAGCUUCGCUCUCAGGUUAAAGCGUGAUUGUUGGUUUCAAAUCUACAGUAAAGGGGAUCUGACUCAUUAAUCCCAUGUUGUAAAUAAAAUCACAGUAGAUACAGGAAGGAUUUGAAUGUAAACGAUGCAGUAAACUGAUAGAAACACUUCAUGGAGACAACAUGAGGCGCUUUCGCACGGAACGGUUCUGAGCGUGUUCGCAUUACAACUUGCGACCGGUUCCACCCGGCCCCAAGGAACCACAAGAGCUGUGGUUCCAACCAAGCGGUUCUGCUUAGAACCAGCUGCUGAUUGGCCGCUGGUUGUUAGUCAGACGUUGAUUUUCUGUUGACAGCUGGCUCUCAGUACUAUAUUUUGUAAAGAGUGCUCUUUGCAAUAUUUUUAUUAAAUUGGCAGUUAGCAACCAACUAACUCAAACCACAUUGUUUAGUUUUAAAAAUAAUGCCGUCCGGCACGCUUCGAUGGCGCCCUCAGUGUAAUGUGAACACAGCAGGGCUGGAACCGUUCCAUGCAGUGCGAAAGCGCCUAUGGCGUCCGAGUCUGAAAUGCUGAUUAUUGUGUUGAUUGGAUUUAAAUCAUAAAGUCUGUUUUUACUACAUCAUGUAACAAACAAGUUUGUUUUUUUAUUAAAUGUUGCAUCAUAUCAAAACAUGUUUUUAAUUUUGAACAAUCUUGUUUUGCUUUAAACCAGCUCUUCUUUUCUCUUCAUCCAUGAAUUAUGUCUGAGUUUGUUGCCACAGCGACGCAAAGAACAACACUGCCUAAAAGUUUGUUUUUAUACUUUAAGUUACCUUAAAAUGAUGUAAUGUUCGGAUGCAGUAUGUGUGUUUUGUCUCUCCCCUCAUACCUCAGCAGACCAAGAGGGUUUUUAUUUGGUUUGUUUGAGUUUUUCCUUGUCUGUAAAUGGUGUUUUAUCUGAGCAGCUGUGUGGCGUUUGCGGACAAAACGACAAACUGAUUGCUUUAAAGUCUUUGUGUCUGGGAUCUGAUGAAUAAAAAUCAUGAAUUUGGGUUCAAAGAC